GGAGCGUCCUCUGCAGCAUGCGUCGCGUGAAGUACAACUGCGGCCUAAGUAGCUGCCAAUACGUAACUAAUUUCAGCCUCGCCUGUGGGGCAAACCCAGUACACACCGUUAUCGACUGUCCCAGGGGAGUCUCAGCGCUCCCUAGGAAGGUAUGAGAAAAGGGUCUGUGAUAGAGAACAACGCUCAGCCCUGUGUGACAUUUAACAGAAAACCGAAAAGAAACAAAUGCUGACGAUGUCCACGACUUUCUCACCACCUAACACUUAAUGCUGCCAGAAUACGCACGGCUCGUCCGACGCUGAACUGCAUAAGCAUGUAAGAAAGGGAGUCGAUACAGGAUCCUGAGCUCGUCUACGCCUUCCGUUUUAGUCUGUCCUUUUUGUGAAGAGCCCCGACAUUAGGAAGACUUCCGGGUGAAAGGGUGACAGUAAACACUUCCUCGGUCUCGCUGUAGGUGUUCCAGCCGUGGAUAACAAUCGCUGGACAGGAGCAGCCAUGGCCUUCCGUGCCUACCCCAGUCCUGUGGGUCUGGGCUCAGUUCUCAAGAGGAAGGCAGAGAGGGUUUCACUAGGUCCUGGGCUUGGCAGGCCGAUAUAUGCUGCCGCUGUGGAUCGCCGCAAGUCCAAGGUAUGGAACUACUACACACAGCUGAAUGAGAGCCAUGUGCAGUGUAAUGUAUGUAAGAAGCAACUCUCCUUCCACAACAGCACCACCACUAUGCGUGAACACCUAGUUCGCAGACACAGCAUUCGAGACAACUGUCCUCCACCUCCAAACUUCCCUGAGCAACACCAAGUCAAGGAGGAGUUGCAAGAAGCUGAGAUAUCUGGGCUACAUGGAGAUAGUAUGGCAAAGAGAGUCCGAACAACUGAAACACUGGCCAUAACAGCAGUGGGUGGCCCAGAUCACACCAGUUUCCCCCCACCUCCACCUGACAGUUCUCGCAGUGCCAGCCUAGUGACAGAGCUGAUCCUGGAAAUGAUCUACCGAGACCUUCACCCUCUGUCUGUUGUGCAGGAGAAGGGUUUCAAGACUCUGUUGAGCUGUAUGGAGCCCUCCUUCCAAAUUCCAUCACCUAGUCACCUGGGAAGCCUGCUAUGGCACAAGUACAAUGUUCUGAAGCAGCAUCUGGAACUGUACUUUCACCACACCACUGCUCCGCACUCAGUGGUACUUUGCACAGAACACUGGAAAGUGCCUGAUAGUGAUCGAUUCUACCUAAGCGUCAGUACACAUUUUAUUGACCGUAACUGGAGGAUGGCACAUUGCCUAUUAGAGACUAAGCCGGUGGCUUCUCACGAGGGUGUCCUGGAGGAAACUCUGCUUGCAAUUUUGAGCAGCUUCAGAAUUCCUGAAAACUCUGUGUUUGGUGUGGUCCAUGACAGUCUGACCUCUAUGCAAACGUGUGCCCGACCUCUGCAGGAACUGCACAGAUGGCGAAGUCUCUGCUGUACAGGGAAUGCUCUGAAACUGAGUGUACGUGAAGGCCUGACGGUUGAACCAGUUCAGCAAGCGCUGGUGGUAGCCAGAGGGAUUGUGAGUUACUUCCAGCAUAACACCAAAGCAGCAGAGGCCCUGAACCCUAAAGUGGAGGCAGCCAAUAAGACAGGUUUCCGUCUGGUCCUAGAUGAGCCCCACAACUGGCUGACUACCAUAGACAUGUGUGAGAAUCUGCUGGAGCUGAAGUGGGUGAUAAGCUCCGUGCUGGAAGAGCAGGCUACUGAGUGUAGCGUCACCAACCUGGCAGACCACCAGUGGCGACUGCUGCAGGAAUUGGUCCCUGUACUCAAAACAGUGAAGAUUGCCGUCUCCUUCCUCAGUGAAUGGAACAACUCUUCUGUUUCGGCUCUCAUGCCAUGCCUUCAUGGAGUGGCUCGCCUCCUUGGCCAGCAGAUGGCAGAGUGCUCAGCCCAGACUGUGCGCAGUAUGAUUGCUCGGAUUCGUGCAGAGAUGGAGAAGCAUUGGCAGGUAGGUGAGGAGGAGGCCAUGCUAGGAAACCCAGCCGUGCUGGCAUCGUUUCUGGACCCACGCUUCAAAGAACUGCGUUUCCUGAGUCCAGACAGCCGCAGCAAACUUCACGACAAGGUCAAAGACCUGUUGUCUUUGCAGGCUUAUCCUAUGGCAGGCCUGUGCCCCUGUCCAGUGAGGCUAGAUGAACUGAAAGGUGAACCACGGGGGACUCUUCCCUCUGAUUCACCCUUAUCCUGUGGUUCCACAGAGGACAAUGAGCUCAUCCUCCUGCCACAAGUGCCAGAGCAGUUAGGCCAGGAAGAAGUUGCAGAUGAAGAGGAGGAAGAGGAUGUUGCUGCCUGCCCUGGAAGCAUUAAAGUAGUGGUUGGUGAAAGUGGAAGCGCAGUAGCCAGUAAGGAACGAAGAACCCAGAGCAUGUAUGACAUUUUGCUGGGAGAGGACCCCACUGAGAGGAUGCCAGAGAUUCACCAGCAGCUGGAAAACUACAUUGCUGAACCAUUGUGCAAGCGUAGCAUGUGCCCUUUGGAAUGGUGGAGGGGCAAAGAACAUCGCUUCCCAGUGGUGGCCAAAUUAGCCCGUCAGUAUCUUGCAAUUCCAGCUACAGCCAUCUCAGCUGAGCAUGCAUUUGCAUCCAAGCAGAGUGCAGCCAUUCAGCGCAGAGCCACAGUCUCGUCAGAGCACUUGGACCAAACCUUGUUUCUGCACCACAACUGUGACUUCAUUGAGGCGCUCAAGGUCAACGCCACAUGUAAGGAUACGUUUGUGUCUCCUGAGCUGCUCUACCCUUCCAUAACCUCUCUGGACAGCAAUGCCUUGCUCAGUGAAUAGAUGUUCAGUCCUGCUUCUGUUUCUGAACAGCUCUUGCCUGUAAAUGAUUUUGACCUGAAAGUCUGUAUCAUGAUAAAACCAUAAAAGACUUUCCUGGUA